AUGGGCUUACGCAUAACGACGUGGAAUGUCAAUGGCAUCCGGAAUCCAUUUGGAUAUCAGCCAUGGCGAGACAAGCGUUCAUUCGCGGCCAUGUUCGACAUCCUGGAAGCCGACAUCGUCGUGUUCCAAGAGACCAAGAUCCAGCGGAAGGAUCUUUCCGAUGACAUGGUACUCGUCCCUGGAUGGGAUUGCUACUUCAGCCUUCCGAGGCAUAAGAAGGGGUACUCGGGUGUGGUCAUCUACACUAGACAAUCCGUCUGUGCGCCUAUCCGCGCUGAAGAAGGUAUUACAGGACUCCUAUGCCCGCCAAACUCAUCCACCAAUUUCUCCAAUCUGCCAGAAGAGCAGCAGAUUGGGGGAUAUCCAACACCAGCGCAGUUGGCAGCCUCGGCAGUGGACGCCACAACCCUCGAUGCCGAAGGUCGAAGCGUGGUUCUUGAAUUUCCCGCCUUCGUUCUGUUUGGCGUUUACAGUCCUGCAAAUCGCGAUGAGACUCGAGAUGAUUUCCGCCUCGGCUUCCUUGAUGUGCUCGACGCCCGAAUACGGAACCUCAUUGCCAUGGGCAAGCGUGUCUUCCUGACAGGCGAUUUGAAUAUAUCUAGGGAAGAGCUCGAUGCUGCUAAUGCGGAGGUGUCGAUGCGGAAGCAAGGUUUAACAGGGCUGGAAUUUGUAUCUACCCCUGCUCGACGUCUUUUCAAUCAUCUACUUGAGGGCGGUAAAGUCUUUGGGGAAAGGGACGGGGGAAGAGAACAUUCGGUAUUGUGGGAUAUAUGUCGAGCUUUCCAUCCCGACCGAAAGGGCAUGUUUACAUGCUGGGAACAGAAAGUCAAUGCAAGGCCUGGUAACUGCGGGGCGAGGAUUGACUACGUCCUCUGUAGCUUGACAAUGAAGGAUUGGUUUUCGGAUUCUAACAUUCAGGAGGGACUUAUGGGAUCCGAUCAUUGUCCGGUGUACGCGGUCAUGAAAGAUGCGAUUUUCAUGGAUGGGGUGGAACGUGAUUUUCGGGAUGUAAUGAAUCCUCCAGGAAUGUUCUCGGGCGGCAAACGCCAAAGAGAGUAUUCUGCGACAAGCGAUCCUCUGCCUUCUUCUGGCAAGCUCAUACCAGAAUUCUUCGGCCGACGAAACAUACGGGAUAUGUUCGCCCAAAAGCCUUCGCUUCCGCAGUCUCAAAGUAAUGGCAAUUCAAACAAAGUUGCGGAAGUCUCUGGCGUUACUGCAGCAAAUCAAGGAAAUUCAACGGCUGAGAUGCUCGGUCCGAUCGAUGAAACCGCAGUAGAGCCCUGUGACAGCUCCGUUAGAGUGCCAACAAUUCCUCUAUCUGCAGUAGGCCAGAAGCGAUCUGCCCCAGCAACGACAGGCAGCAAAUCUACAAAGCGUGGGAAAUCUGUAUCUGCCACUGCCGCGGCGCCAAUGACUGGCAAGGGCCAGCAGAGUCUCAAGGGCUUCUUCAAACCUAGUGCCGCUCUUAUUUCAAGCGUCGCUAGUGCCAUCCACGUUAGAGAAGUUACGCAAACGAGCCUGAAUGAUGAUACGGUCGGCCGAGCACCUGCAGACUUGGCCGAGACUUAUCCUGCUCCUGAUGGGCACAUGAAGGCUGCUAGCCUAGAAUCAGCAAUUCAUACACCUCGCAAGAAUUCAUAA